UGAACGUUCAGUCUGUGGGCAGCAGGGACAUCCCUCGGUUGUCUGCAACCCCCUCUACCCCCUGAAAAUAUCAUUUCCACUUUUCAAGUUUUUACGCCAUAGCAUUUUCUUUUCGUUUCAAAAAAGAAUUGAGUCUUCAGUGAAAACAUUUGAGAAGAAACCGGCGUGAGAUCGGGAGAUAUUGUGGUUAUUGUUUUGGGUUUUUCGAAAAAAAUGUUAGCCACCAUCACCCCUCGUUUCCGAGUUUUACGCCGCUAGAGUGUGUGUGCAGUGUGUGUGUUGGAGCUUUUUGGGAUAAUUUACCACACAUAUUUCUUUGCAGUUCAUCCUCACAGAUGGUGUAACGUUCGACGUCAACAAAAGACAAAUUUGAAAAAGAACGAUUUGUCUUUGAAAGACGUUUUCCUGGAAACAAGUGCAUUUUGCAAGUGAAAUAUCUUGAUUCUGGUGCAGCAUUUGACUGACCUUUCGAACAGGAGGAAGAAAAUAAGGAACAAGAGGUUCACUUCCUCACGCCACAUGCAGCCCGGAUCCUUGGCCAGCUUCAUUGGACCAGCUACAAGGAUCAGGCAGCCGCCAUGGCCCGUCAGGCCGCCAGUAACAAUCGAGAUGAAGGGGGAGGAUCAACAGAAGAGGACAGCGUACUGCGCUUACGCUGGAACAGCCACGUGGAGAGCCUGCAGCAGCUCUUUGAAAACCUCCUCGAGCAACAACUCUUUGUGGAUGUGACACUAGCCUGUGAAGGUGGCUCGCUCAAGGCUCACAAGGUGAUGCUCUCUGCUUGCUCAACCUACUUCAGGCGUGUGCUCCACGAGACUGGUUCCAAGAACCCAGUCAUCAUCAUGAGAGACGUGUCUUACAGUGAGAUGGACUUUAUUCUGCAAUUCAUUUACCGUGGGGAGAUACAUGUGCCAGAGGCCAGACUUCCUUCGCUACUUAAAACAGCCAGGCUGUUGGAAAUUAGAGGACUAUCAGACAAAUUAGAUCAGCCAUUUGACGAGACCAAACCCAGUGAGACAGAAAGUCGCAAGAGAAGGAAUAGUGAUGGAGCUACUAAUGGGUUCCACAGCCCACCACAUUCACCACAAGUCAAUGGCAAAGCCAAGAAACCCACCCACACUGUGACCAAAGAAGAAGAACUGGAUAAUGAAGAGAUGGAUUCCGAUUUCGAUGAAACCGAUCACUCUCAAACGAAUAACGAACAUAAUCAGACCAUGAAAAACGAAAUGAUGGACCAACGAUUGACACCACCAACACCGUUGGAUCUGAGUAACGGUGACAUUGGUGCCAGUGACGAAGAGAAUGAAGUUCCCAGUGGCCAUCAGUCUGAUAAGAAAAAAUCUGCGUCACCAAUUCCCGUGCAUGUCAAAUGCGAGGUUCCAGAGCUCAACCAAUCGCAGCAAGGAGCUGAUGAAGACGAUGAAGAAGAAGAGGAUGACGCUGUUAAUCCUGAUCAGUACCCAUUUUCGAUGCUGGCCGAUUCGGACCAAAGCGGAGGCGGUGGCGCCGGUGUCGUAGUUCAGGCUGUUUGCCCGUUCUGUUUCAAGGACUGCAAACGGACCGCAGAGCUGCGGGCUCACAUUCGAGCCCACACUGGCGAGAAACCUUUCCGCUGCGACAUUUGUUCCGCUCCGUUUGCCCGCUCGGCACAUCUCAAACGUCAUCGCCGCGUUCACACGGGCGAGAGGCCGUUCGAAUGCCAUCGUUGCCAAAAGACUUUCUCCCGCCAAGACAAGUUGAAGCUCCAUAUGGAUCGACACCGAUUGAGAGACACGGGCGGUAAAAUGAUUGUUGGCCGUCCGAAAAAAAUCGCAGCCAAGAAAAACGAAGAGCAAUCAGUCACUACACCCAGCACGUCAUCUGCCUCCAGUUCGACACCGACACCAACGUCUGUCGAAAUGACGGGCAUGGGUCAGUUCGCUUUCCCUGGAGCUCCAGCCCGUUCGGGUCCACCCCAAUCGCCCAACGGAUCUAAUAGGACCACUACACCUUCACCCAGUUUACCCUACAGCGAUAUGAACUAUUUUUCGUUACUAUCGCUGUCUCAACGUGGAUUGACUAUUUCGUCUACAGCCACUACUCAAUCAGGCCAGCAGUCUGAUUUACCCUCACCGACCGUACCCAAUUUGCUCAGUCCUCAGGCGUUACAAGAACUAUCGCUCUUCCGGCAAGGUGGAACUAAUUCCAACUCGACUCGUGGCCGUCAACAGCGAUCGACUCGCAGUACAGCGGCAGCUGCUUCUAAUCGUUCCAGCAGCCGCAGUAGCGUCGAAUCCGCUUCGGAAACGCUACUCAAUUUCGCCCAGCAAGUGGGCGAAGUGGUGGUUGGUCACUCGUCGGCAGCCCAAUCGUCUUGACAAACGUCGAUUGCGUUGAAUUAAAAACAACAACCUUCAAAAAACAAAACAAAAAAGUUAGUGCCUCCAACAUCAGCAGAAUUAUCAACACAUCUUCACUCAACACACUUUCAUUCUUCCCUUUUUCAGCUUUUUUCUUUUCUACUAGUUUUUUUUUUUUCACCCAUGUUGUCGCCAAAUGAAUAUCUCGUGUGCUAAUUGAGGACAUUCUUUUCUAGAUUUAAAUUCGUUCAAGAAUAACGUGCGUGUUUUCUUUCGGCAAUUUUCCCCGAUUGAAAGGAUUUCAUUUCUUUUUUAUGGGGAGAAUUCCUGCUUUGAAUCGUAGCUUUUUCGUUACAUCGUCGAUUGACGGGCGUGGACGCGUGCAAUAUCGUGUGCAAGAUGACCAAAUCUUUAUCAACUGUUGGAUAAAGAAAAUGUUGUUUUAUUUUUAGUUUUUUUUUUAUUUUUUAAAUGGUGCGCGAAUCGGGUUUAGUAUUGGAAAAAGAAAGCCUUUAUUCAUCACCCUCGCCCCAUCACUCGCUUCAAAAGACGUUGUGUCAGAGGAUCCAUUUCAAAAUUCUUUGUCGGCCACCUUUUUUUUUUUUUUUUUUUGUCUAAUUGAUUUUUAUUUGAUUUUUUUUUUUUAGUACGAAUGGCUUUAGUUGUUUUUCUAUUGCGAUAAAAAACAACAAUUUGAAAUUCAUUUUGCGUGCUAAAGAUCCUCGGUCAUGUUCACACUUUCUACCAAAGGCUCGUGUCGUUGUGAAAACAAAAGAAAUCAAUUUUUGGAAAUUUAUUUUUUAUCGAAAAUUUUUUUUUGCAAAAUUUGUGUUCCAAUCCUAAAAAAAAAAAAAGAAGAAAGAUUCAAGUGUGCAAUGACGCCAUUCAGGUUAACAAUUCCUUUCCUAUAAAAAAAGAUCCUAAACAUUUAUUUUAUUUUUUUUUUUAAAUUUUUAAAACAGAUUCAUUUACUUUCUUUGGGAAUUUAGUUUCCACUUUGACUUGAUCUAAAAAGAAAUUUAUUUUUUUUUGUCAUCAUUUAUUUUCGUGUAUGUGUGCGUGUUUUAAUCAAGAAAUUCUAAUCGACACAGACGCUGUAGAAGCCUGUUAACGACCCCGUGAAAAUUCUAAGUUGCAUUUUUUGUGUGUGCAUUUCAAGUGUGUUACAUGCUGUGUAAUGAUCCAGUUUGAGGAAACAUAUGAUCCCUUCUUAGAUUUGUUUUUUGAAGAUAUGAAAAUCACGAUUUAAAAAAAGAACGCGCAGCAGUUUGCGUAGCAGUUUCUGGAAGAUCUCUCUCUUUUUUAAAUUUUAUUUCUCUUUUUUCCCGUUUGUACAAGCACAUGAACCAAAAUUGAAAACGUUUCGGACCCUCCAAUCACAACAAUCGAAUAGCUUUAAACUUCGAUGCCUGCAACCUUUUUUGUUUCUUUUAUUAUUUUCGCUUCUCCCAAAUCCCCCCCUUAAAAUGAAAUUUUAAUUUCUUUAAAGUGUCUUUUGAAAGAAAAAAAAAUUUUUUUUCGUAUUCAUACGUAAAAUUACGAUUUUGGCAAAAGGAAAAAAUGAUAAAACACUAUCCCAGUUAUGUGCACCAAAUAGCUCCAUUUCUCUUGGUCGAAUUUUGUUUUUCUUGUGCGAGUGAUGUGGCUGUGGCCAGUUUAACACAAUGUGUGUGUGUGUGUGUGUAUGUUUAACACAAAUUAUUCUUGCAUAAUGUGGUGGCCUCUAAAAAGAGGGACCUAAAAACAGACCCACUAAAAAAUUGUCUCUUUCUCUCUUUCCUUAUCUUCAUGUCUAGCGCAAUUAACAAUUUUUUCUUCACACUUCACGUCUCAUCGACCAAGAAUUUGUACGUGUGUACGUUAGACGUGUUUUGUUUUCUCUCGAAUGAAAAAACAAAUAUGGACGAAUGUGUCUCAAAAAGCUACCUAAACCUAAGCUCUUUUAACCCAAUGAUUUCUUGUGUGUUGUUUCGAGCUUCGAAUCCCGCACACACUUAAAAAAUUUUUCACUCUAAUCGAUUUCGUUUGGCAAACAAAAAAAAAAUUCAAAUUGUGUACAGGAAAUACGAAGAAAAAAAAAAUCGGCCAACUAAUUUUGGAUUUAACAAAAACAAAAAAACCGCGAACCCAGUGCUUUUUAUAGACAUAUUUGUAUACAUUUACAUCUAAAACAAUUUCUAAUUUUGAUUGAAAAAAAAAAAAUAAUUAGUUGUUACCUUUUUUUUUUUUUUCUUAAAAGGGAAAGACAUUCACUUUUUCAGGGGACUAGUUCUCAUCUGGGAGGGGGGGGGGGGCAAGACAAUUAAAAUCCCGUGUGGUUGGCUUUGUUCAAUUGUUUUUUUUUCGUUGUAAAAGUGCGUGUGUAUGUGUUGUGUUUCUUAUAAACAUGAUCGAUCUUUUUAUUAAUUGACGUGCGAUUGUCUGAAUGCCUGUUGAUGAUCAAUCAAGAGCAAUUGCACCAAUAUAUGACGAUUUGUCCAACAGUUUAUCGUUUAUUUUCUUCGAUGGUGUCCAUUGUCGGGUUUCAUGCAAAUUAAUAAUAAAAGAAUCACCACAAUUAA